GACUCGGCGCUCGACUGCCAGGCGGAUCUACGCGCUCGGCGCUCGCGGCGGGCGGAAGUGAGGCGCCGGCAGCUGGCGGCCGCGGAGUCUUCGGCGAGACCUACCGGGCCCUGUCUGUGCCGGCCGUGAGCUGCGGCAGGACGGCUGGAGGUUACUUCUGUAACAGAAUCACCAGUUUGCUCCACAGAGCACAAUGUCUCGAUCACGACAGCCCCCCCUUGUGACCGGCAUCUCUCCAAAUGAAGGGAUACCAUGGACAAAGGUCACAAUCAGGGGAGAAAAUCUGGGGACUGGCCCCACCGACCUCAUAGGCUUGACAAUUUGUGGACAUAAUUGCCUCCUGACGGCAGAAUGGAUGUCUGCAAGUAAAAUAGUAUGUCGAGUGGGACAAGCCAAAAAUGACAAAGGAGACAUUAUUGUCACCACUAAGUCAGGUGGCAGAGGAACCUCAACAGUCUCUUUCAAGCUACUCAAACCUGAGAAAAUAGGCAUUUUGGAUCAGUCUGCUGUGUGGGUUGACGAAAUGAAUUAUUAUGAUAUGCGUACUGACAGGAACAAAGGAAUUCCGCCCUUGUCCUUACGUCCUGCUAACCCACUUGGCAUUGAGAUUGAAAAAAGUAAAUUUUCCCAGAAGGACUUAGAAAUGCUGUUCCAUGGAAUGAGUGCUGAUUUUACGAGUGAGAAUUUUUCAGCUGCCUGGUAUCUUAUAGAGAAUCACUCGAACACCAGUUUUGAGCAGCUCAAAAUGGCAGUCACCAACCUAAAGAGACAGGCUAACAAGAAGAGCGAGGGCAGCCUGGCCUAUGUGAAAGGCGGUCUCAGUACAUUCUUUGAAGCACAGGAUGCCCUCUCAGCCAUCCAUCAAAAACUAGAAGCAGAUGGAACGGAAAAAGUAGAAGGAUCCAUGACGCAGAAACUGGAGAAUGUUCUGAACAGAGCAAGUAACACCGCGGACACAUUGUUUCAAGAAGUAUUAGGUCGGAAGGACAAGGCAGAUUCCACUAGAAAUGCACUCAAUGUGCUUCAGCGAUUUAAGUUUCUUUUCAACCUUCCUCUAAAUAUUGAAAGGAAUAUUCAAAAGGGUGAUUAUGAUGUGGUUAUUAAUGAUUAUGAAAAGGCCAAGUCACUUUUUGGGAAAACAGAGGUGCAAGUUUUCAAGAAAUAUUAUGCUGAAGUAGAAACAAGGAUUGAAGCUUUAAGAGAAUUACUUCUGGAUAAAUUGCUUGAGACACCAUCAACCUUACAUGACCAAAAACGUUACAUAAGGUACCUGUCUGACCUUCAUGCCCCUGGUGACCCUGCUUGGCAAUGCAUUGGAGCCCAACACAAGUGGAUCCUUCAGCUCAUGCACAGUUGCAAAGAGGGCUACGUGAAAGAUCUGAAAGGUAACCCAGGCCUGCACAGUCCCAUGUUGGAUCUUGAUAAUGAUACACGUCCCUCAGUGUUGGGCCAUCUCAGUCAGACAGCGUCCCUGAAGAGGGGCAGCAGCUUUCAGUCUGGUCGAGACGACACGUGGAGAUACAAAACUCCCCACAGGGUGGCCUUUGUUGAAAAAUUGACCAAACUCGUCUUGAGCCAGCUGCCUAACUUCUGGAAACUCUGGAUCUCCUACGUUAACGGAAGCCUCUUCAGUGAGACUGCUGAGAAGUCAGGCCAGAUUGAAAGAUCAAAGAAUGUAAGGCAAAGACAAAAUGACUUUAAGAAAAUGAUUCAGGAAGUAACGCACUCCCUGGUGAAGCUGACGCGCGGAGCCCUGCUUCCCCUCAGCAUCCGGGACGGGGAAGCCAAGCAGUACGGAGGCUGGGAGGUGAAGUGCGAGCUCUCCGGACAGUGGCUCGCUCACGCCAUCCAGACCGUAAGACUUACUUAUGAAUCGUUGACUGCCCUUGAAAUCCCUAACGACCUGUUACAGACUAUCCAGGAUCUCAUUUUGGACCUCCGAGUACGUUGCGUAAUGGUCACGCUGCAGCACACGGCGGAAGAAAUAAAGAGACUAGCUGAAAAAGAAGACUGGAUUGUUGAUAAUGAAGGACUGACUUCUCUAUCACUGAAGGGGGUUCUGGAGUGCAAGCCGGGAGAGGCCAGUGUCUUCCAACAACCUAAAACACAGGAGGAGGUUUGCCAACUAAGCAUCAAUAUAAUGCAGGUUUUUAUAUACUGUCUGGAACAGUUGAGCACCAAGCCUGAUGCAGAUAUAGAUACUACGCAUCUCUCUGUUGACGUUUCUUCCCCUGACUUGUUUGGAAGUAUCCAUGAAGACUUCAGCUUGACCUCAGAACAGCGCCUUUUGAUAGUCCUAAGUAAUUGCUGCUAUCUAGAACGUCACACCUUCCUAAAUAUCGCAGAACAUUUUGAAAAGCACAACUUCCAGGGAAUAGAAAAAAUAACACAGGUUAGCAUGGCCUCAUUGAAAGAACUAGAUCAAAGACUCUUUGAAAAUUACAUCGAGUUGAAAGCAGAUCCUAUCGUUGGCUCCUUAGAACCUGGAAUUUAUGCAGGAUAUUUUGAUUGGAAAGACUGCCUGCCUCCAACAGGUGUCAGAAACUAUUUAAAAGAAGCACUGGUGAAUAUAAUUGCCGUGCAUGCAGAGGUGUUCACUGUUUCCAAAGAACUGGUCCCUCGGGUACUGUCCAAGGUGAUAGAAGCAGUUUCUGAAGAGCUCAGUCGACUGAUGCAGUGUGUCUCAUCCUUCAGCAAAAAUGGAGCUUUACAGGCGAGACUUGAAAUCUGUGCUUUGAGGGACACUGUGGCUGUUUACCUGACACCCGAAAGCAAGUCAAGUUUUAAGCAGGCUUUGGAAGCCCUGCCCCAGCUUUCCAGUGGAGCAGAUAAAAAGUUACUGGAAGAGCUCCUGAACAAGUUUAAGAGUGGCAUGCACUUGCAGCUCACCUGUUUCCAAGCAGCUUCUUCAACCAUGAUGAAAACAUAAGUAUCUGCCAAGUCCAGGAAAAUAACAAGUAAUAAGACUGUUCACUUUCUAAGUACCCUAAAGGUAUUUGGUGUAUUAAACACUGGGUUUGCCAUUUUUCUCCCUCUGACUUCGAAAAGUGUUGGCAUACAUUUCAACUAAAAUGACCUCAUUUGAAAUGCCCAAGAAGUAUUUGUUUUGCCAUUCUUUCUUACUAGAUCAGAUCCUGUAUGACUUUAAAAUACAUUUUAAAAUAUAUUUUGCAUCUCAGCAGAAGGUUGAGUGCUGCGGGAAGAGCUGCUUCUGCAGGGAGUGUUCUGGAAUGGCGUGGCACAUAUUGAAGCAUUUCUCAGUGUCCCGUUCACGGAAGCGCAGGCAGCUCCCAUGACACAUGGAGAGACUGAUUGAUAAGAGGAGAUUUGGAAAGUUAUAUGUAGACAUCUUUGGAGCUCUUACUGUCCUAAACUGUACAGCUGUGCUUAAAACCCUUAUUUCAUAUAAAUGGCCUUAAGUUUUCUAAUUCAAGCAGGUUUUUGGAAAAAUUUGUGGUCUCCAUUAAAAUACAUAUUACUGGGGUAGAUUAUUUGUGGUCCAGGUGUCUGAUUUAACUUUGCAUUUUGCUGUCUGAUUUUUAUUUUUCACAGGACUAAGCACUAGCUUUCAUUCUCACUCACUCUUAAUUUGAUGUGUGUCACUUCCCAUCCAUGUGUUGCAGUCCGACGCCCUGUGUGUUAUCUGUGAUGGAGUGUGAACGUGUUACGGGUACUGUGUUACACUCACAGGUGUUGGCGGGGCAGUCGCAGGCUUCAGGGUCCCCUAAAGGAAAGGCCAGGCUCCGCGUAGACGGCCAACUCCCUGCCCACCGCUGCCCGCUCCUUCAGCAGGUGACUUUGUCUCUGCCACUUCUUACCUGCUGAGGGACCUUGUUGAGUAGCUGGAAGAAUGUUGCUGUCACACAGUCUCUUCUCUCAAACUUCAGGACGCUCCUUGGUCACCAGGCAGUGGGAGCUGUAGACCAGGCGUGUGCAGUUGCCCCACAUUCACUGCUGACUGGCUUUACUGGAAUAGGUUCAGGUCACCGUGACUUCUCUCACAGUCAGCUGCCCAUCCAACUCCAUCAUACCGUUGCAUCUGAAAACUGAGGAAUUCUCUCUUUGUAGUCGGCUUGUCAGGGUUUUCAAAUUUUUCUAUGGUUAUUUUAAAAUCCCUUUUUUUAAAUGCUAAAAUUAAUGUCCUCAUUAAUGUAAGUAACUUUAGAGCACAGUGUAGCCAUGUACAGUUUCCAUUAUUUAAAAUAAAUGAUGUGUCGGUUCAUUUGGUGUAUGGGGGGACAUGAUAGUAACUGGAAAUGAAAGUUUAAUCUUUUACAAAUGCACUUGAUAAAGCUGUUAAGAAUUGUCUUUCCUAAGUAUGUUAACUGUUGUAUCUAACUCAACUGUGAGCUAAAUUUAAAAACUGCAAUCAUGAAUGUUUGUGUUAUUUUAAAUAUCUAGUAUAGCACAUUCAGCCAAUAAAGAAUCUGCCUUUAAUGUAAGUUGUAAUUUGCUUGACAUUUUUCCCUAAGUGUCUUUAUUUGAACAUUUUCAUUUGCUAUAUAACUUUUUAUAUUUCUACUGUUAACACUCAAAAUACUUACAUUCUGGUUAACCCUGUAUUGGUAACCACAUUGUCAGAAACCAUUUGUCAGGUCCUGCUAAUUCUGUUUGCUGGGGACUUACCACGUGCGAGGCACACCAUGAAGUGCCCUGUUUAAUCCUCACAACAGCCUAUGAUACAUGUGGGCUAGCUUACCGCCAUGUCCAUUUAGCAGAGGAAGGAGUCAGGGCUUAGAGAGGUUGGUGACUUCUCUCAGACUGCAAGGCGGUAAGUAGCAGGACUCAGGUUCACACUCUGGCUCCGUAUGUCCUUGACGUCACCACUGCUCAGCUCUUCCUUCCAGCGGAACAGGCUGACGUCCGUCCACCCAGGUCACAGCUCAGAGAAAGUUCAUCAAUUCCAGAGGCUAAUAAAACAGUAGCAACACGGAAACCCGUAGUGCUUUUAUGGCUCAGAGUGGAAGGUAAAGGCCUAAAAACCCCAUACCCAAGUGAGGGAGUUCAAGGGCUACUAUUGCAACAAGUCAGGGGGACUUCUUGGAAGAAAGGGGGAUUUCAAGAGCCACUCGAGUUACAGGACCCUGGUUUAGUGGGUAAGAGGAGAUGGAUGAAUAUAAGUUAGAUGAAAGCUGAGAGAUAAACCAGGACCCGGAGCAAGUUAAACGAGGCAGCUGAGAAAACAAAUUAGGGAGGUUCAAGGUACUUUAACGCUCUGGUGGCAUUUGGUUUUUAGCACAUCCAUGUUCUUUGUGGGUCAGCAUGGCUUCAUGUGAGUUAGCUAAGUUGGCCUCACUUGAAAUGGUAAAGAGCUAUUAGAAAUCACUUGGUUUUUUACUAAGACUUUCUAUAUCAGUGUACCACGAAAGUGGCAUGUUCUAGAAAUGAUUUGGGCAUUGCAAAACAAGCAUCAUUGCCUUAGGCCCAGCACACUGACUCAUUCUCCUGUCUCUGUCAUCUUUGCAUAUAGAUUUUGUUAAAGGGAAGAAAUAGAAAAGAUUGUAUUUUUAUUCUGGAUUUGGUACAAGGCGGUGGUGUGUAUUUCUGUUUUGAUCACGUGCUAUGGAAUAUUCAGCUAUUAGUUUCAUAAGAGUGUUGUGUAAUAUGUUUUCAGAAAAGUUACAAAUUUUAACUAGUUUUUAAAUCAAGAUUAGGUUUCUAAAAUAAAGUCACAUAUUUUAUGUAAUAUUCAUAAAAUAACUAUGCAUAGAGUAAACUUGCAUACAUUUUUGUCACUAAACAUUUAUCUGUUGGUUCUAUUGUAAAGAUUUUCAUAUAGAUUUGUGAACUGCUCUGAAAGAUAUAUUUACUAUAUCACUCCUCAAUUAGAGUAGCAGCCAUAAUUAUUUUAGCUUUGCUUUAAACACAGUUGCAUAUUACUCUGUACUAGGGCCAUUAUGCUUUCUGUAUGCUGAUCUCAUGUCAUUUCUGCCCCUGCACAGGAGGAUUUAUUACACUGAGGUUUAUUACAUGUAUUACUGGAAGCCUUUUUGUACCUGGCCAGGUUAGAAAUAUGUAACAAUAAACAUCUUACGGACAAGA